CAUGAUGGUGCUCUAGCUCAUGUACACAAUGCAAUGUUUGCCGAGCUCGCAUCUGCUGCAUCAUGCCAUCGACUUCAAUGCCACUCACGUGUUCUCAGGAAGGAUGCAGUGACCUGCCUGAGGCCUACUCUGGGUCUCAGUAGACUACACUGGAAUAGUAGGUCCGCUAUCGGCGACCCAGAAAUCAAUAUGAUGAUUACAGGCACGCGUUUGGCUCGAAAAAUAUGCCCAAUGGCUGGUACAAGUCGUGCCUGACGUUGCAAACGUCUGGAGCUAGUGGCACGUGACCGCAAACAACACUAGUUCCCUUCCUCACUCCCGUAUAUACUAUGGAACUUAGCUGUUCACGACCACGCUCGAUGAACGCCAUCUUUGCCCCAAGUGGAGACGCUGAACAAGGACAAUGCGAGGGACAUGCGACGCGGACGAGCAAUCAGUGGCGGAGAGCAUGCCACGCCGUCGUUGAUCGCACCGACGGCAAUAUCAAGCUGCAUAGUCCUGGCAAGCGACGAAGUCUAGCUGCCAUCGUACCCCUCUGGAUGAGGACUCUAAGCCCAACGGAGACGAUCCGACGGACCCGGAGGACCCAGUCGGCUUGAUCAUGCCGAUGCUGAGCAUGCAAUGUGUUGCUGGCUGACGCGUUUCGAGGAGCUAUGGGCUUAACCGACAGCGAGGGUAAUACACGGCUGCUGCUGAGGGACAUUUGGGCGAGGAGAUGGAAGGCAUAAAUAGCGGCAGGAUGCUACCAGGUCGACAUUUUCUCUCGACAGACAUCCCAUUGCCACUUCCACUACUACUUCUGCCCCCCUCCCCGAGGUAUUUUCAAGACCACACCAUCUGCUCCAUCACUCCCCAUCCACACUCGAAGCUGCAUACGCACGGACAAGGACUCAAGAUAAAUCUUCGGCCCAAAUCCCAGCAUCAACGACGACAUCAUGUGCUUCUUCGAGUGCUACAAGUUCUCCUGCCGUGACUGGAAGUGGGGCAACUUCAAACAGCACUGCAACAGAGAGUAUCGCAUCGGUGAAACUUGCGGCAUGAAAAUGAUCUUUUGCACCAUUGAUUUGCCGGACAAGUGUGCUUUCUGCGAGAAGAUUGAGAAGAAGCUUCGUCGACGCGAGAAAGCCAUGUCUGAUCGCGCGCGUUGGCUGCAGGAGCCCCAUCGUUUCAAGGCGUCCAUUGAAAAAGCUGCCGAAGAUAUCAUGACCCUGGAGCGCGAGAUUGCCAGCAUUCAAGCGGAAAAGGAUCGGAGGUAUCAGAACGUUGGCAACACUAAGAGGAGUGGUUGAGCGGGCGAGAAGAGGAGGAGUAAGAAAAGGCAGAACUUGGGGUUGUUUCAUCUGCCAUUUUCCUGUUACGAUGGCCACUCGUUCAGAAACUAGCCCCCGAUUGACAUGUGUUGUGGUGGUGGUGGAGUAGCAGCAGCAGCAGUAGCGGUUUGUGCAAACUUCGGGGCUUAAGCUGCAGGGGUGCUGGGGCUGGUCUUUCCAGGACGUGCGGAGUCAGUUUUGGGUUUUUUUUUUGGUUUUUGGAGUUUUUUUUCUUCUUUUCUCCCUUGUUUCUUUUUUCUAUGGCUACGAAUGACACUAGAAGUUACACCGCACUUG